AUGGGAUCCAAGGAGGUUGGAAACCAAUUUAUCUUUAUAAUAUUAAAAACUAAACUUGAGGUGGCAAAUUCAAGUCCGGUCAAUCCGGUGGUCUUCUUUGAUGUCAGCAUUGGUGGCCAGGAAGUUGAUCACAUGAAGAUCGAGCUAUUUGCAGACGUGGUGCCAAAGACGUCAGAAAACUUUAGGCAAUUCUGCACUGGAGAGUUCAGGAAAGAUGGUGUUCCGAUCAGAUACAAAGGAAGCACCUUCCGUAGGAUCAUAAAGGAUUUCAUGAUUCAGGGCAGAGAUUUUGUUAAUGGAGAUGGUACUGGAGUCGCUAGCAUUUACCGUGGUCCAUUUGCAGAUGAAAAUUGUAAACUUAGGCAAUCGGCUCCAGGCCUGCUUUCCAUGGCAAACAGUGGUCCCAAUACAAACGGCUGCCAGUUCUUUAUCACAUGUUCUAAGUGUGAUUGGCUGGAUGGGAAGCACGUAGUGUUUGGAAAAAUCAUUCAUGAACUUCUGGUGAUGAGAAAAAUUGAGAAUGUUUCCACGGACCCUAACAAUAAGCCCAAACUGCCAGUGGUAAUCUCCCAGUGUGGGGAAAUGUUAUCUAGCCCAAGACUGAACCAGGUCUUCUGUCCUGGGUGA